UUAGAGUCCGGAUGUCAAUGUACUGUCAAGUGCCAAUGUACUGAAGAAAUUGGAAAAGCGAGCUCUAACUGCAAGCUAAAGCUGGUGUGAAGACAUAAUGCAGUAUUUUAUGAAAAAAGUGGCUCCAUGAAAUAUGAACUCCAUCUUCAUGUUUGUUCUGGUCACUCCCCUUGCCAUUCUGAUUUGUUUAUGUGAAGUGCUUGCCAUCUUGCCCAGCCCCCAAAAUGUGACUCUGCAGACGCAGAACACUCAGUACAUCCUGAGGUGGGAUUGGGACAAGCAGGCCAUAGGGAACGAAACGGUUACCUUUACUGCACAGUACAUACCUAAAUAUAAACUGUCAAAGAAGAAGAAGACUUGGAUAUCAGUAUGCGAUAGGACCUUGGAUAUCCAGUGUGACUUCACCAACUCUGGCCUGCACUACCAGGGAAUCUAUGUGCUGCAGGUCCAGGCCAGCUGUGGAAGGGAACACUCAGAGUGGGUCCCCAGAGAAUUCUGUCCUGAAAAAGAUGCUGAACUGGGUCCUCCCUCUAAAGUGGAGGUGACUGCUGUGAAAGGUUUGCUACAAAUAUGGAUCUCUGACCCCUUGACCAGUAGCAACACAUCCAUGAAGGACACUCUUGUACCUGAUUUGUAUUACCUAAUCCAGUUUUGGAAACAGUCCGGUUGGUCCUCACCGAACGUGCGGCUGGACAGCAACGUUUUAAAGACGAGCACCAACGAAGUGACGCUGUCGGAGCUGGAGCCCUGGACGACGUACUGCUUGAGAGUACGGUCGCACGAUGACUUCUGGAACAGGACCAGUCAUUUCAGCCCCACCCAGUGCCUGAAAGCCACAGGUGUGAUGCCCCUCUGGCUGAUACUCCUGUUGCUUUGCCUUGUGGGUGUGCUGCUGUCCUAUGCCACUUUCAGGACAUUCCGAGUGUUCAAGUCUACCUUCUUCCCCUCCCUCCAGCUCCCAGCCAGCAUACACGAGUACUUUUGGGACUCCCCCUGCUCCGACCAACCCCGCCUGCUGACCCCAGAGUCAGAGACAGAGGUCUGCUAUGAGAAGCUGCAUGUGUGUCCCAAGGUGAUCCUCCCUGAGAUACACGCCCCACCCGACCCUCCGGGCCCGGAGGCGGACACUUCCGGCCAUAGCUCAGACUCGGGGGUGUACUCCACGGAGGAGGGGUCAGGACAGCUGGGCGGGCCGUCUCCAGCGUGCUCGGCACAGGCCCCAGAGCAGCGGAAGAUGGCUGACGUGAGGACAGACUCCGGGAUUGGGAGGAUGGGCACUGUUCCUGCCGAUGACUGCUGGCCUUGACCCCUCCGGCGGAAGCGCUUUGAGUGAAGCAAGGCCCUCUGCACGAGUGUGAAACCUUGCCCAGAGAUGAGGGGGAACUGAGAGGAUGUGCGUGUUCAGAAAAAUGCACUGCGUGUAUAUGCUACCGCUUUCAUUUCAACAGGACCCGACUCUCACUUCUCGUUUCCAGAGGAGGUGGAGAUGCUGAACGUGUGAUCCAAGAUGAGGGCGUCUUUAAUCUUAAAUUGCACGUAAACAACAGACACACUUGCCACAGACACACUUGUCCGCUGCCUGUCUUUGUGACCCCC